AUGCCUACCCGCCGCAUCGCCCAGAUCGUCCACCUCAACCCGUCCGCCGUCGCGGCAUACAAGGAAUGCCACGCAAACGUCUGGCCAGAGGUCCUGCAGCAGAUCAAAGAGUGCAAUAUUCGUGAUUACUCGAUAUUCUUCGACAAUGACCGCACACUAUUCGCGACAUUCAAGUACGUCGGAGAUGACUUUGACGGGGAUAUGGCGAAGAUGAAAGCGAAUCCGAAGGUGAGGGAGUGGUGGGCUCUGACGGAUGGGAUGCAGGAGAGUCCUAUUCCUGGGGCUGUGAGCAGUGCGGAGGGCCCUGGGUGGUGGAAGGUCUUGGACGAGGUGUUUUAUACAGAUUGA